AUGCCGAGCUCGCUCACGGCCGCAGCAGAGGAGGGCCGUGGCUCCGCGCCGCCCAAGGCUCCGGCUCCCGCCGCCCCGAGCCGCCUGAGUCUCGCCGCGCGGCCCCGGUCGCCCGCGCGCUCGGCGUCGUCCGCCGCGGCCGCCCGCUCCAGCCGCGCCGCCACGGGGUACGCGGCCGCGCUGGCCGACGCGUGCGCGCGCGGGCACGCUGCACCAGGCCGCACGCGACGCCCGCGCGCUGCUGUCCCGCCGGCACAGAGACAGAGCAAGCUCCAAGGAGGAGGAGCUGGACGCGCGGGUGGCGGCGCUGGUGAGGAUGCUCGUCGGCAAGGGCAAGGCCGGGCUGGUCGCCGAGGUCCUGGCCGAGUUCGCCGCCAUCCUGGGGUCGGCUCGAGGAGGCCGUCCUCUUGGUGUAUGCGCGGGACAUGGCUGUUCCUCCGCCCCGGUCGGCGCUCGCUAUGCUGCAGCGGGCAGGGGAGCGUGUUGGAGGCGGCGGCGCAGGUGUGGAGAAGCCACCAGUCAUAA